AUGUUAUCCUUGAUCCUGCUGACAUUUUCUGUUUAACAUAGGAACAGGAGUAAGCCAAUCACCCCCUCCAUGUUGGAUCCUUGCUCUGCCUACGUCAGCUUGAAUGAGCCUUGGCGCAACACAGAGCACCACAUUAACACCUCGCAUGGGACGCCCAUGUGCGACAAUAACAUGGAUGGAGAGUGGUACCGCUUCAUUGGGAUGGCGGGCGAUGCCAUGCCUACCUUCUGCAUCCAGGAGAACCUGUGUGGCACUCACGCGCCCAUCUGGCUGAAUGGCAGUCACCCCAUGCCAUCCGACGGCAUCGUCUCGAUACAGGCAUGUGCCAGUUUCAAUGACAACUGCUGCCUGUGGAGCACUAUGGUGGAUGUGAAGGCUUGCCCAAAGGGUUAUUACGUCUAUCGGCUGCCCAAGCCGAGCGUCUGUUUCCAUGUCUACUGCGGACAUUUCUAUGACAUUUGUGAUAUCGCGGAUUGUGAGGGGCACUGUGUUGGUGAAGGCGAAUGCCAAUGUCCUGCUGGUACCGUCCUGGGCCCAGAUGCCCAGACAUGCCUGGACGUCAAUGAAUGUGAGGUCAAUAAUGGUGGCUGCAGUGAGACCUGCAUCAAUCUGCAGGGCUCCUUCCGUUGUGAGUGUGGGAUUGGAAGGUCUCUGGGCACCAACGCUGCCACCUGCGAAGAUAUUGAAGGCUGUCACAACAAUAAUGGAGGGUGCAGCCACAACUGUGUGCAGGUGGACGGAAGCUAUCAGUGUGAGUGCCCACGUGGAUUAAUGCUGUCAGAGGAUAAUCACACCUGUCAAGUGCCAGUGCAGUGCAAGUCUGAUUUAAUUGAAGUGGCUGUACCCAAGGACUUAGUUGGGGGUUUGGACCUCUACCUCCUGAAUGCAUCGUGUAAAGCACUUUCCAACGGGACUCAUGCUAACAUCAACUUUAAUCUGAAGAGCUGUGGCACAGCCAUUGAGGUUGUGGGUGACAAGAUAAUUGCAAGGAACACACUGACUGGUAUUCCUAAGCAGACUCCCGGCAGUAACGGGGACUUUAUCAUCCGAACCAGUAAGUUGGUGAUCCCCAUCACCUGCGAGUUCCCUUGCCAGUAUACUGUGUCUGAGGGAUAUGUGCCAAACCCUGCAAAUUCCCUACUAGAGAUCAUGGGCAGAAACCAUGGGCUCUUCCCUUUUGCUCUGGAGAUCUUCAAAUCAAAAGCUUUCGACGAAAUUUACAAGGAGACGCCUCCAGUUCUGAAACUCCGAGACUCGCUGUACUUUGGGAUCGAGCCUGUCAUGCAUGUGGAUGGGCUUGAAACUCUUGUAGAGAAUUGCUUUGCUACUCCCUCGGUCAACGCUGAUGAUAUCAUGAGGCACUACCUCAUCAAGGAUGGCUGCAUCAAUGAUGAUACAGUCAAACAGGAGACAUCCAUGGAUCAUCUAGUGAAACAUUUCUAUGUCCCCGUCUUCAAGUUUGUGGGAAAGGACAAUAAGAAGGUGUACCUGCACUGCCGAGUCCUGGUGUGUGGGGCCCAGGACACCAAGUCACGCUGCUCCCAGGGAUGCCGAAGGAGGAUGCGCAGAUCCACCGAGCCAGAGGAAAGAGACCACCUCAGGGACCAUCUCCUCACUGGAGGGCCAAUCAUGAUUGACACAGAAUAA